AUGUCGUAUUAUGAAAAUAGCACGGUGCUUCUGGAUUGUAUCGCCACAGAUCCAACUUCAACAGCACUUUACGGCAUUACUAAUGGGUUAAUAAACGGCAAGGAGGGCUUCCUCCUCGUCAAAUCGCUCCCCAACCCAGACCAACUCAGCUUAGGCAUGUGGUCAAGAGUGUCGUUCUCCCAGUCUAGGCCAUUCUCAUACUGGAAGAUGCCCUUUGGCACUGUCGACUGUACCGUUAGCAGCAAAGGCGUCUUCACGGCAUUUUUCAGGAACAAGGAUUACAUAUCUCCUAAACCUGCCGAUGUUCCUGUGGGAAUCCGAUAUGAUCCCGAAACGGAAGCGUGGACGAGUAUCAGGACGUCAUCUUUAUACGGAUGGGACACGGACUCGGUGGCGCAUAUGUCAUUUUAUGUUGACAGGAAUGGAGUCGACACUCUGGUGCAUAUGUUCACGGAUGACGUGGGGUCUGUUAUUCGGUUCGGGGUCCUCAGUGAGACGAAAAGGUACCUCCAUCUUGCCGGCAUCUGGAAUUUGAAUGAGAUAUUGGGAGAGUACACUGCCAGAAACCAAAUCGACCUAUUGCCCGAACCGUGGUUCAAUCGGACGGAUCUGCCAAGACCCGGAUUUUUUCGAAAGACGCGUUCUCAAGGCCGUAUAAAGGUGGUCUAUGCGGAGAACCAUCUGUACAUGAUGCACCACAACUACAACAUAAGCACAAACGUCGUCAUCGAGUCAUAUCCGUUCACAGACCCCACCGCAUCUCCCUCACCCAAUCGCCAAAUCUUCAAGGGACCCGAUAACUUUCUCUCGAGCUAUUUCUUUACGGGAACUCGAGGCGGGAUCACAUUCCUGGGAGGGAUUGGACAAGACAACAAAACUACUACGGGACAAGAUUACACAUCGUUCACCAUGGACAUAGUAGACGGAGUGGCUCAAACCCCAAUAGUGUCAACGUCACCCUUCUACGACAUCACCACGAUCUUCGACGGAAACACCACACAAACUAACGACGUGGCGGUCCACGACAACUUUGUAACUCUUGGCGGCCCAUUGCCAGGACAAACCCCCUAUGUCGUCGGAUUAUCCUCAGAGGGGGUCUACCAGUUCUCAACAAUCGGAAAGAACGGCACCAACGCCCUCGGAUCGCUAGACGUGGUGAUCCCAGGCUACUUUAGAGGCACAGUUCCUCGCAACACAACCAUGGAAAAUAUCUAUUACCGAGACAAAGCCUGGGCUAGGUACAUUACCAAAGGGCAGGUUCUUGCCAUCAUUUUCGGCGUCACCGCUGGACUUUUCUGUUGUAUCAUGUACAGCGACCAUCGGAAUAAGUUAAAAAGGCGCGCGGCUGAAAAACGAAAGGAACAGGAACGACAAUACUUACAACAACAACAGCAAGAGGAACAGGAGCAACAGGAGCAGUAUGUCGAAAUGGGUCUGAGGAGUGCCAACAUGGGGAGUGUUACAGGAACAAGUCGGCAACACUACUACUACCGCGACGAUGAUGACGAUGAUGACGAUCAUCUUCGAGGAGGGCGAUGGCGCGAUCGGAAGGUGAGGGUACUCUAG